AUGCCCUCAAGGAAAGGGCCAUCACCAAAGGGAAUAUCCACUCCAAGGCGUAAGAUUGCCUCUACUAGUAAAACAAGUAGAGUGCAAUGGACAGACAAGAUGGACAAUUCAUUGGUUGAUGCAUUGGUUGAACAAGUCAAUAUGGGCCUAAAAAGUGAUAUCGGGUUUAAACCUGAGGCCUAUAAGGCAACCAUCAAAGCAAUCAAUGAUACAUGUGGCAUUUUACUUGAAAAUCGCCAUAUAUCUAAUUGCCUGAGGACUUUAAAGAGGUUGUACUGGGCUAUCAAGGAUUUGCUAAAUGCCUCUGGCUUUGGCUGGGAUCAUGACACAAAGAUGGUUGUCGCAACCGAUGAUGUAUGGGACGGGUAUCUUGCGACACAUCCUUAUGCUGAUCGAGUCCAGGGCAAGCACAUUGACAAAUGGGAUGAUUUGGCCUUUAUUUUCAGGAAUGAGUGUGCAUAUGGAUCGUUUGUUAGCACGGCUUACUCUUCACCUAUUUCAGGAAAACGGCGUCAUAAUGAAAUCUCUUCUGAUGACGCCUCAGACGAGGAGGCUUCUGAUACUGUAAGACUCUCAUCUGAUGAUGAGGAUGAUCAGAGGCCUACUCCCCGCACUCGAAGAGGCGAUGGAUCCACAAAUAUUACUAAGAAGCGCAUAACAAAAGCCCUAUGGAGGCAACGUCUGGAUCUCGCCACAGUCGCACAUUCGCAAGUGACGUAA